AUGCCUCCGAAGGACUACUUGGCUGAAAAGGAGAAGUGUAAGAAGUUCCUUCAGGAGUUCUACUCUGAGGAUGAAUCAGGGAAGAAGGUGUUCAAAUAUGGAGCCCAGCUGGUGCUGCUGGCCCACAGGGAGCAGGUGGCCCUGGUGGUGGACUUGGAUGACGUGGGAGAGGAGGACCCUGAGCUGGUGGAGAGCAUCUGUGAAAACGCGAAGCGCUACACUGGCCUGUUCGCCGACGCCGUGCACGAGCUGCUGCCAGAGUACCGGGAGAGAGAGAUGGUGACGAAGGACUCGCUGGACGUGUACAUCGAGCACCGGCUGAUGAUGGAGCAGAGAGGUCGUGACCCCAGUGACACCCGUGACCCCCGGAACCAGUACCCGGCUGAGCUGAUGAGGAGAUUCGAGGUGUACUUCCGCCCCCCGAGCACAGCCAAGCCGCGGGUGGUGCGGGACAUCAAGGCGGACAGCAUUGGCCACCUGGUGACCGUGCGGGGAAUAGUCACCCGAGCCACAGAGGUGAAGCCCAUGAUGGCCGUGGCCACCUACACUUGUGACCAGUGCGGUGCGGAGACCUACCAGCCGAUACAAUCUCCCACCUUCAUGCCCCUCAUCAUGUGUCCCAGUCAGGAGUGCGUCACCAACAAGUCAGGGGGCCGGCUGUACCUGCAGACCCGCGGCUCAAAGUUCAUCAAAUUCCAGGAGCUGCGCAUUCAGGAACAUAGUGACCAGGUGCCCGUGGGGAACAUCCCUCGCAGCAUGACGAUAUACGCCCGGGGCGAGAACACACGAGUGGCCCAGCCGGGCGACCACGUCAGCGUUUCGGGUGUGUUCCUGCCGCUCCUGCGCACUGGCUUCAGACAAGCCGUACAGGGCCUGCUGUCAGAGACAUACCUGGAGGCGCACUGCAUCACUCUGAUGAAUAAGACGGAGGACGAUGAGCUGGGGGUGCAGGAGCUGAGUGAGGAGGAGCUGCGGCAGAUCACAGAGGAGGACUUUUAUGAGAAGCUGGCGGGCUCCAUCGCACCCGAGAUCUUCGGCCAUGAGGACGUGAAGAAGGCGCUGCUGCUGCUGCUGGUCGGGGGGGUGCAGCAGGCCCCCCGGGGCAUGAAGAUCAGGGGGAACAUUAACAUCUGCCUGAUGGGAGACCCAGGUGUGGCCAAGUCCCAGCUCCUCUCCUACAUCGACCGGCUGGCCCCAAGAAGCCAGUACACGACCGGGCGUGGUUCCUCAGGGGUGGGGCUGACCGCGGCGGUCAUGCGCGACCCCCUGACGGGGGAGAUGACCCUGGAGGGCGGGGCUCUGGUGCUGGCCGACCUGGGCGUGUGCUGCAUCGACGAGUUCGACAAGAUGGCCGACGCCGACCGCACAGCCAUCCACGAGGUCAUGGAGCAACAGACCAUCUCCAUCGCCAAGGCGGGGAUAAUGACCUCCCUGAACGCCCGCUGCUCCAUCCUGGCGGCCGCCAACCCGGCGUACGGCCGCUACAACCCGCGCAAGAGCGUGGAGCAGAACAUCCAGCUUCCGGCGGCCCUGCUGUCCCGCUUCGACCUACUGUGGCUGAUCCAGGACCGGCCCGACCCGGACGCAGACCUGCGGCUCGCCCAGCACAUCACCUACGUCCACCAGCACUGCCGGCAGCCGCCCACUCACUUCACCCCCAUCGACAUGAAGCUCAUGAGGCGCUACAUCGCCCUGUGUCAGCGGCGGCAGCCGGUCGUACCCGAGUCUCUGGCCGACUACAUCACAGCCGCCUACGUGGAGAUGAGGAAGGAGGCCCGGGUCAGCAAGGACACCACCUUCACCUCCGCCCGAACCCUGCUGUCCAUCCUGCGUCUCUCUACCGCGCUGGCUCGGCUGAGAUUGGUGGAUUUGGUGGAGAAGGAGGAUGUGAACGAGGCCAUGCGCCUCAUGGAGAUGUCCAAGGACUCUCUGCAGGCUGAAAAAUCCAGCACCACCAGGGCCCAGAGACCAGCCGACGUGAUCUUCUCCCUCUUGCGAGAGCUGGCGAGCGAGGGUGUGGCCGGGCGGGGUGGGGCCGGGGGCGUGGUGCGAAUGGCUGAGGCGGAGCAGAGGUGCGUGUCCCGCGGCUUCACCCCCGCCCAGUUCCAGGCCGCCCUGGACGAGUACGAGGAGCUGAACGUCUGGCAGGUGAACCAGGCGCGCACAAGGAUCACCUUCGUCUGAGGGGUGGGGCGGUUGCACCCGAGUCUCAAGGUGCCAUUUUAACUUUGGGUUAGGCUAGCGGUAUUCGCAGUCGUGUUUCUACAGAAAUUACAGCUAAGAGAGGUAAUCUGUAAGUACAUACUUCAAAUGCUUCGUAGCAGUUUUGUACUUUCUUUGUAUAAAGUGUGUAGGAAUUCCUGAAUAAAACCAGGGGGUUGGAGAUGCUGAGUUUGUUAAGGGGAGGGGGGGCAGAUUGGGGGGCUUUUGUGUGACAAUUUCAGUCCCAUCAGUACAGUCUCGGUCUCUGAGGGUACGAGCUCUCAGGUCAGACUGCUGGGUGUGGGUUGGGGGAAAGGAGUUUGUAUG